AUGGGCAUCUGCGGAGGAUUUAAAGGGCAGCCUAAGCAGGCAGCAAGGCUAGGAGGAAAUCGAGCUGCACUUUUUGUAUACGCCACGGAGGGUCUUGAGAACAUGUCAUUUGUUGCAAAUGCUGUGAGUCUUGUGACUUACUUCUAUGGAUAUAUGAACUUGAGCUUGACAGAGUCGGCCACCACCCUUACCAAUUUCAUGGGAACUGCAUUUAUACUAACACUUGUUGGUGGAUUCAUAUCUGAUACCUAUUGGUCAAGGUUCAAAACAUGUGUGGUCUUCGGAUUCAUCGAAUUACUGGGACUUGGGUUGUUAACUGUACAAGCACACUUCCACCAGCUAAGACCGUUCCCAUGCCAAAAUGUUACACCAGGCCAAACAUGCGAGGCUGCAGACACAAACCAACUUGCGAUCCUUUACACUGGCCUCUACCUAAUUGCAUUAGGCACCAGCGGCGUCAAGUCGGCUUUACCAGCUUUGGGAGCUGACCAAUUCGAUGAGAAGGACCCGAACGGGGGAGCACAGUUGUCGAGCUUCUUCAACUGGUUCUUGUUCAGCCUCACCAUUGGAGCCAUUUUUGGUGUCACCGUUGUUGUAUGGAUAAGCUCGAACCGGGGCUGGGACUUGGCCUUCGCUUUGUGUACCAUGGCAGUCUUCUUUGCUGUUGUGUUUGUGUGCAUGGGAAAGUCUCUGUACAGAAACAAUGUUCCCAAGGGCAGCCCCCUCCUAAGUAUCCUACAGGUUCUUGUGGCUGCUACCAAAAACCGAAAGCUUCCAAUUCCGGAGAAUGCAGAUGAGUUACAUGAGAUCCAUGACAAAGAAGCAGGGGAACAAAAUGAAAUUCUUCAGAGAACAGAUCAAUUCAGAUUCUUGGACCGGGCGGCAAUCUUUGGUGCCACUACUGCUGAUGGUUCUUCAACAUCUAAAGCUCAUGGAUCCUGGAACCUGUGCACAGUCACACAAGUUGAAGAAACAAAGCACCUAAUUCGCAUGCUCCCAAUCAUAUUCAGUACUGUCUUCAUGAACACGUGCAUGGCACAGCUUCAGACCUUCUCAGUCCAACAAAGCAAUACCAUGGACACGCAUAUCCUUGGCUUCAAAAUUCCCGGCCCAUCAAUCCCAGUUAUCCCUUUACUGUUUAUGUUCUUUCUCAUCCCAAUAUACGAGAGAGUUUUUGUGCCAAUUGCUCGAAAAUUCACUGGAAUUCCAACUGGGAUACGACACCUUCAGCGGAUCGCUGUUGGGUUGGUGCUCUCAGUUAUUUCCAUGGCGGUUGCUGCGCUCAUAGAGACUCGCAGAAAAUCUGUGGCCAUUGAACACAACAUGGUGGACAGUAUUGAGCCUCUGCCGAUGAGCGUGUUUUGGCUGGGCUUGCAGUAUGCUAUUUUUGGAGCAGCAGAUAUGUUUACUUUGGUAGGGCUCUUGGAGUUUUUCUAUGCUGAGAGCGCAGCUGGUAUGAAGUCACUGAGCACAGCCAUCUCAUGGUGUUCGAUAGCAUUUGGCUACUUCUUGAGCUCAAUGGUGGUGGAGGUGGUCAAUAAAGUCAGCGGAGGGUGGCUGGCUAGUAAUAACUUGAACAGAGACAAGUUGAAUUAUUUCUACUGGUUGUUGGCAGGGUUGAGUGUACUGAAUUUUGUAGCUUAUUUGAUCUGUGCAUCUUGGUACAAGUACAAAAAGGUCGAAGUUUUCAAGCAACGUGACUUGAACGGAAAGGUUGAAAUGGUAAAAGCCUAG